CAAGUUGCUAGCUUGAGCUCCAGCGCCUUCCCGCAUGGAGCAGGGUGGUCCAAGUCACAGUGAGUCUGGAAGGGGCGCUUUCCAGCGGCGUAGGAGCAGCUGGUCGACAGGGCAUCGGUGCAGAAGCUGAUUGAGGUGCUUUUGCAGCUUUUGGUGAGCUGUUCUUUCAUAGGGGCUGAGGUUUGGCAGGCUGUGUUGAGGAUAGCCGGUCGAAAUUGGUGGGAAGAUUCUUGGCGGCUUCGUUCACAGAUCUCAAGCAGCGGCGCUGUCAGCAGGUUUUAGCGAAGUCAAUCGAUCAGUUACACGUUCAUUUUAGCUGACAGGCGUAGGGAUUAAUCUUUGUCCGGGUGAAACAUUCAUAGAAAGGGGGUUGAGGUUGCCGCAAAGAUGGGGGCUGGUGCCGAUAACUCCACUGUGCGCACGUCCACCCUGGCUCCAGCCGGGGGCCCAGCCGUUGCAGUGCAAGAAGACCCGCCCGCUGUCUUGAGCGCGCAGAAGAGCUUGCGGCGGCCGUCGGGUGGUUUAGAUCGAACAAAAAGCCUUCGCUCCGAGGCCAGCGGCUUGCAAAUGCAGGACAGUGGUCUGACGGAGUCGGUCAUGGGAGAGGAGGCGGGGCCACAGAAGAGUCCGGAGCAGGCGGCCAACUGGUUGUCCCGUCUCACCUUCUGGUGGUUGCGGGGUCUCAUUGCCACGGGGUGGAAAAAGGCGCUUGAGUUGGAGGACCUUCCACUGCUGCCAGAGGGCGAUUGGGCAGAUAACGUGGCGCCGCGCUUUGGGAAGCAUUUCCACGAAGAGGAGAAGAAAGAGGACAAGUCCCUUUUCCGGCCGCUGCUCAAAACGUUUGGGGCGCAGCUGUGGAUCACCGGCAUCCUGCAGCUCAUCUACGUGCUGCUCGGCCUCACCUCGCCUCUCUUUCUCAACUCCACGCUGACCUACAUCCAGGAGGGCCAGAACACCGGCAACUUCAUGUACAAAAUUUUCGGGCACUACUACGGGUACUACGCUGCGGGAGCACUGCUGGUGGUGCCCACGGUGGCGCUGCUGAUCCAGAACCAGUUCCAGCAGAUGUCGUUCCGCAUGGGCGUGCAGGUCAAGACGGCGCUCAUUGUUACCGUCUAUGGCAAGAGCCUCAAGCUCUCCAACGCCGCCAGGCAGGAGAAGAGUGUGGGCGAAAUUGUCACGCUGAUGCAGGUGGACACAGACAAAGUCAGUCAGACGACUCCCUUCAUUCACAUCACGUGGAGCGGGCUGGUCCAGAUCUUUGGCAACCUGGGCAUCCUCAUCUACUACAUCGGUUGGCCCGCGCUCGUUGGUUUCGCCGUCUUGCUCGUGACCGUGCCCACCCAGGGGCGGCUGGUGAACAAGAUGAUGGACAUGCAGCGCAGCAUCAUGAAGAACACGUCAGCGCGUGUCAAGAUCGUGAACGAGGUCCUGCAGGGCAUGCGUGUCGUCAAAUCAUACGCCUGGGAGUCGCCCUUCAAGAACGCUGUCAAGGCCGUCAGGAGCCAGGAGCUGGCGUCGAUGCGGCGGCGCGUGUUUUACCGCGCGCUCAUGGUGUGCAUCAUGCUGUCCAACCCCGCCGUCAUCAUGGUCGUCACCUUCGCCUUCUACGCGGGCGUCGCCAACCAAACGCUGGAUGCCGCCACCGUCUUUACGGCCGUCUCGCUCUUCAACUCGCUGCGUGCACCGCUCAUGAUGUACCCCUUCAUCAUCAACGCGCUGCUCUCCGGCCAGGUAUCCAUGAAGCGGCUGACCCGCUUUGUGUCCCUGCCCGAGCUCCCCCCCAACCGCAUCACCGAUCUUGACGCCGACCAACCGGCCGCAGCACCCGCCACGGACGGCGCCCAAGAUUCGCCUACUCCCGCGGUUAGCAGUGACGCAGACGUGAUGCUCAAGGUCGAGAAGAGCGACUUCCGGUGGGCGGGGCCGCCGGCGGGAGAGAAGAAGCCCAACCUGGCAGCAAUCAAAAGCGGCAUCGGUGCGACCAGCUUUGGUGCGCGCACCGUGGCGGGGCUUCAUGCGGGGGCCCGCUCGUUUGCUCGCAUCGGCAGCAUGGUGACCAAGCCGUUCAAUAAGAGCGCGCCAGCGCAGGUGGUCGCCGCCAAGGAGGAAGUCAAAGUGGAGGAGCCUUUUAGUCUGGUUGACAUCAGCCUCGAGGUCAAGAGGGGCCAGCUGGUGGCAAUCGUGGGUCCAGUUGGCAGCGGCAAGAGCUCGCUGUCGUCCGCCCUGCUGGGCGAGAUGGAUCAGACGGCGGGCGCGCCGGUGGGCAUGCGCGGCAGCCUGGCCUUCUGCACGCAGCAGGCGUGGAUCAUGAACAGCACGCUGCGCGAGAACGUGCUCUUCGGCCGCAAGAUGGAGCCGGAGCGCUACCAGCGGGUCCUCUCCGCGUGCGCGCUCAAUGAGGACCUGGCAGUGCUCCCGGACGGCGACAUGACCGAGAUUGGCGAACGCGGCAUUAAUCUGAGCGGUGGACAGAAGCAGCGUGUGUCGCUGGCCCGGGCGGCCUAUGCCGACGCCGACAUCUACAUUCUCGACGAUCCCCUCAGCGCGGUGGACGCGCAUGUCGGCGCGCACCUGUUCCAGCAGUGCAUCACGGGCCUGCUCGCGAACAAGACGCGCGUGUUCGUGACCAAUCAGCUGCAGUACGUCCCCGCGGUGGACCUCAUCGUCUUGCUCAAGGACGGCCACAUUGCGGCGCGCGGCACGUACGACCAGCUCAUGGCCGCCGGGACCGAGUUCGGCGCGCUGAUGAAGAGCAGCGGCGCCGACUCCAACAGCGUCGCGCAGGGCGACCUUGAGGCCGUCGUCAAGAAGGGGCGCGCGGAUUACAAGGAGAAGAAGCGGGCGGACAAGAGCGUGGCUGACCGCGGCGGGCGGCAGCGGCUGGCGCGCAAGGAGGCCGGGACGGGGCGGCUGGUGGAGGCGGAGACGCGUGCCAAGGGGAAUCUCAAGCUGAGCGUGUACAAGAAGUACUGGACGGAGGCCAGCCUGCUGGUGCCGCUCCUCGUCUUCUGCCUCUUCGGCCUCGUGCAGGCCAUCGACGCCUACAACCGCUACUGGCUCUCCUACUGGACCGAGAACAAGUACAACCAGGGGCUGGCCUUCUACCUAGGUAUCUACGCGGCGCUCGCGUUCGCGUACGCCUUCUUCAUCUACAUCCGCACGCUGGGCUUCUUCCUGCUGGGCCUGUGGACGGCGCGCAUCCUGCACGAGGGCAUUCUGAGCUCGAUUCUGCGCGCGCCCAUGGCCUUCUUCGACACCACGCCCGUGGGGCGCAUCCUCAACCGCUUCUCCAUGGACCAGUCGUACAUCGACGAGAACCUGUCCAUGUCCUGGAAUAUGUUCCUUAACAUGCUCUUUUCGGCCGCGGGCAGCUUCAUCGUUAUCGUGAUCGUGACCCCCUGGUUCCUGGCGGUGCUCGCGCCCAUGGCGCUGCUGUACGCGUACAUGCAGCAGGUGUACCGGCGCACCGCGCGCGAGCUCAAGCGCGUGGACGCGGUCACCAAGAGCCCCAUCUACCAGCAGUUCACCGAGACGCUCAACGGGCUGCCCACCAUCCGCGCCUACCGCCAGCAGGACCGCUUCAACGACCUCGGCCACAUUAAGCUGGACCACAACAACCGCGCCUUCUUCCUGCUGCGGUCGUGCGACCGGUGGCUCAGCGUGCGCCUCGGCAUGAUGGGCAACUUCAUGGUGUCCGCCGCAGCGCUCCUAGCGAUUGUAAAGAAGGGAAUCUAUGCUGGCCAAGCCGGUAUCUCGAUCGACUACGCGCUAGCUGUGACGCAGUCCUUGACGAUGCUGGUCCAAAAUAUGACGGAUACGGAGAACCAGAUGAACGCGGUGGAGCGCAUGUACGAGUACCGGGACGGCAUCCAGCUGGAGGCGGCCAGUGUGGUGGAAGACAACCGGCCCGACCCGGCCUGGCCGCAGCACGGCGCCAUUGAGGUCGAGGGCCUCUCCAUGCGCUACCGCGAGGGCCUCCGCCUCGUGCUGCAGGACGUGUCGUUCUCGGUCCAGGCGGGCGAGAAGAUCGGCGUGGUGGGCCGUACCGGCUCCGGCAAGAGCUCGCUCAUGCUGUGCUUGUUCCGGCUGGUAGAGCCGGCUGCGGGCCGCAUCGUGAUUGACGGCGUGGACAUCGCAUCGAUCGGGCUGGAGGACUUGCGGCGCAAGCUGAGCAUCAUCCCGCAGGAUCCCGUGCUGUUCAGCGGCACCGUGUCCUCUCUAACGGGCAAGCUAGAGGCCGAGGUGGUCGAGUACGGCGAAAACUUCUCAGUGGGGGAGCGUCAGCUGCUCUGCCUGGCGCGUGUGCUGCUGCGCAACUCGCGGGUGCUCAUCAUGGACGAGGCGACGAGCAGCGUCGACUUCGAAACUGACCGCCUCAUCCAGGCCACGAUACGGACGCACUUGAAGGACACGACGAUGUUGAUCAUUGCGCACCGCAUCAACACGGUCAUCGAUGCCUCGCGCAUCCUGCUCCUCGAGGACGGCCACCUGGCGGAGUAUGAUACGCCUGCCGCACUGCUGGACACGCCCGACAGCAAGUUCGCAGCGCUGGUCCAGGCAACGGGCGACGAGUCUGCAGAGCACUUACGACGAGUUGCACGGGGUGAGGAGGACUAUUUCGCCGCCUAUGAAAAGUUGCAGGAGGCAACGGAUGUCGAUGUUGCUGAAGAGUUCGUCGAGAGGGGAGAGCAGGCAGGGAGUUUGGAAGAGACGGAUGCAACCAAAGUCGACCUGAAAAGGAGUGCUGGAGAAGGGAGUUCGAAGGACGGGCCUGCAUAGGAGGCUCCUGUACUGCCUUCAGUACAUGUGAAUUCUCAUGACCUUUGUGAAAGAUACUGCACCCCAAAAUGGGGGUUGCAGUCUGCUGAAGGUAGUAAGCGGGUUGUAAAUAGUUGACAAGAGUAGGCAUGAUUGACGAGAUACAUCUUAUCCCCGAUUCAUUGACAUCAGGUAAUUACUUGAUACGUUGCUCGCUUGAUAUCAAAUCAUCAACGUGUUGCUGUCUCUGAAGCCGUUAGUGUACUUGCUGUAGUUACCAAGAAGUUAAGCCGUUUGGGCUCGACAAUUGAUGCAUCGAUCGAUGUUUGCCAACAGCCAGC